AGCCAACAGGUGGAUGCUUUGGUUUCUCCUAUGGUUGGCCAUGAUCCUCUCUCUACCCGUGUUGGAAAUGCUUUGUUUGAAGUAGCUGGACCACAGCUGACCACAAGGUUUAGAAAGGAAGCAGAAGAUGAAACAAUGCCUGGUGACUCAGUACUGCUGGAGGGCUUACCUGGACUUCAGUCUAAUGCAGUCUUCUUCCUCAAUCUUGUUCCCUUUGAUGGUGACCCAGACGGAGUUGCAGUCCAGGUUCUUCGAAUGGGCAUCAACACAAUCCUAUCUUCUUGUGAGAAGAAAGGAUUCAGAUCUGUCGCUCUUCCCAUCCUCGGUGCUGGGAUGGCCCUGCAAUUUCCUGUCAGUGAGGUGGUGAGGGCUUUAAAGGAGGAAGUUCAUGUAUUUCAAGAGGAGCAGGUGGGCAUCACACCACUCCUGAUCCACAUCGUCAUUCACCCCGAUGACGAGGAGUCAUACAAGGCAUUUGAUGUUUUCCAAAAUGACAAUUUCACUCAACAUGUUCACCAAAAGGUCCACGAUCUAGAGUCAACAACGAUGAGGUUGGUCCUGCUGGGAAAAACUGGAGCUGGGAAAAGUCACCUGGGUAACAACAUUCUUGGAGAGGAGCUCUUUGCCACUUAUGACUCUCCAAACUCUGGGACAAUGAAAUGCCAAACAGAAACCAAAACAGUCAGUGGAAGAAGCAUCACUCUGAUCGACACCCCUGGUUUCUUUGACACAGGAAGGUCUGAGGAAGAUCUGAAGCCUGAGAUAAUGAGUUGUAUGACAGAGUGUGCUCCUGGGCCUCAUGCUUUUCUUAUUGUGCUUCAAGUGGGUAGGUUCACAGAGCACGAGCAGGCUGUCAUCACUAAGAUAGUUCAGUAUUUCUCAGAUGAAGCUCUAAAAUAUGCUGUCGUUGUUUUCACUCACGGUGACCAGCUUGACAAAAAUAUAAAAAUUGAAGAUUUUGUCAGUCAGAACAAAAAUCUGAGUGAUCUGGUGUCAAAGUGUGGUGGUCGGUGUCACGUCUUUGAUAGCAAACACUGGAACAACAACCAGCCAAACAACUACAGGAGCAACCAGUUCCAGCGGGAGGAGUUGCUAAAAACAAUAGAAAAAAUGGUGGUGGAAAAAAACGGAGGUUACUACACAAAUAAAAUGCUGCAACAUGUGGAGACAGCAAUACAGAAACAGGUCGAGCACAUUUCGUACUCAAUGCCAGAUAAAACUGCAGAAGAGAUCAGAAAGCAGGCUAAAACUGAUGUGUGCAACAGCUUUCUCACCAAACUGACAGGGAUUGCAACAGGAGCUUUGCUCGGUGCUUUUUUUGGUGUAGCAGCAAUGGUUGGAUUAGCUGUCACAGCCAUGAAUAACGUAAUGUUAAUGAACGCUGUAAAAAAGGCUCCAGCAUUAAUGGGAGUGUCGGCAGCAGCAGCAGGAGAAGCAGCUGUAGGAGUUGCUGGAGCAGCUUGUGUGGCAGCAGCAGCAGCAGGAGGAGUAUUUGGUGGCUUCAUUGGAAAUGAAGCAGCUAAUGAUGCUAAGUCACCAUCAGAAGCUGCACAGAGAGCGUGUGAGGCUAUAGUGGAGAAAGGAAAGUCUCUUAUCAGGUUUAAGUGAGAUUUUUAUAAUUAUUAUCCAGGUAGUGAAAAGGAAAAAAGCAUCUUAUUAUUUCUUGAUGUUUUUACACUACACAUAAUAACUGCAUAAUAAUACUACAUACAUCGAAGAGAACAUGUUAAAUUAUUUGGAAUCAGGUUUGUUGGCAAAUUGUUGAAUACUUAUCUAGCAGUUACCUUUUUUGUGGACUUUUUGCAUAAUCUUCUGAGGGCCUUAAUGCAUUGUAGUCAUAUUUUUUUCCUGCGGACGAAUGUCUCAGACCGAGAAGCAUCACAGACAAAUAAGUCAACAAGU